AUGCACGGGAACGUUGCCGUCUCAACUCGGUCAGUCUUUUGCUUGGCCGCCGCCGCCGGAGUCUACUCGUAUAGUCGCCGCUCCAUCGUCGCAACCUUGGCAUCUUGGGUUCCUCGCGUCUCACUCCACAGCGCCCUUGGCGCCGCCCGCGCGGCUGCCCGACUCGCUUCAAGGCGUCGCACCGCCGACAGCAGCAGGGCGGGGAGAGUGACAUGA